CGCCUGCCUGCCUAGCUAGCUCACAACCGAAGCCUAGUCGCUGGUCGCAGCUGCUGCGCGGCGUCCAUCGUGUCCUCGUCGUCUUCCUCUCUCCAAACAGGAGGACGUCUCGCGCCACGCCACCACUCUAUUACUUUACCCUCUCUCCUGCCGCUCUACUCCAGAUCUCGAGGUCCACCGCGCGCAUCCCGCGCGGCGGAUCCGCUUGCUGUCCGAGAGGUUUCACUUUAUGCCACUUUGUGUCACUGUGGACAAUGGAGUGAUUGCUGCCAUCUUUCUGUGAGUCACCAUGAGAAGCAGUGAAGCAGAGACACCUGCUAAGGCAAACAAGGCAUCCACACCUCAGGAGCAGCAACCACCUACUUCGAGUACAACAACGCCCACAGUUUACCCAGAUUGGACCAACUUUCAGGGAUAUCCUCCAAUUCCACCACAUGGGUUCUUUCCCUCUCCUGUGGUGUCAAACCCACAGGGUCAUCCAUACAUGUGGGGGCCUCAGCCUAUGAUGCCACCAUAUGGGACUCCACCAUAUGUCAUAUACCCUCCUGGAGGAGUUUAUGCUCACCCAUCAAUGCGCCCGGGUGCACACCCAUUUGCUCCCUAUGCAAUGUCAUCUUCAAAUGGCAAUCCUGAUGCUACUGGAACUACCACCACUCCUGCUACUGCUGGUGGUGAAACAAAUGGCAAAUCCUCUGAUGGAAUAGAAAAAAGUCCCAUUAAAAGAUCCAAAGGAAGUUUGGGUAGCUUGAACAUGAUUACAGGGAAAAACUGUGUCGAACAUGGUAAGACCUCAGGGGCUUCAGCCAAUGGAACCAUCUCUCAAAGUGGGGAAAGUGGAAGUGAAAGUUCAAGUGAGGGAAGUGAAGCGAAUUCUCAGAAUGAUUUACAACACAAGGAAAGUGGACAAGAACAAGAUGGAGAUGUCCGAAGUUCCCAGAAUGGUGUAUCACCUUCACCAUCCCAGGCGCAGUUGAAGCAAACUUCGGCAAUUAUGCAAAUGCCAUCAAGUGGUCCAGUGCCUGGUCCAACAACAAACUUGAAAAUAGGAAUGGACUACUGGGCAAAUACAGCAAGCUCCUCUCCUGCAUUGCAUGGUAAAGUGACCCCAACUGCAAUUCCAGGGGAUUUGGCCCCAACAGAGCCGUGGAUGCAGGAUGAACGUGAACUGAAAAGGCAGAAAAGAAAGCAGUCAAACAGGGAUUCUGCUCGCAGAUCUAGGCUGCGCAAGCAGGCUGAAUGUGAGGAGUUGGCUCAGCGCGCUGAAGUAUUGAAACAGGAAAAUGCUUCACUUAAAGAUGAAGUGAGCCGGAUCAGGAAGGAGUACGAUGAACUUCUGUCAAAGAAUAGCUCACUGAAGGAUAACAUUGGAGACAAACAACACAAAACUGACGAGGCAGGACUUCACAAUAAGCUGCAACGUUCUGGUGAUGACAACCAGAAGGACACUAAUUGAGCUAUCAUGCAACGCUAUCAAUCAUAGCCCUAACUAGAUUGUUGCUGGCGCAGUUGUAGUAUGCAUAUUGACUCCAUACUUAUUGCAUUUAAUCAUUACCAGGUCGUGGUAAAUCUUAAUGCCAGCCUCGUGUGCUGGUUCCUGUUUCACAUAUAUUCUUGGCUUAUCUUUUAGAAGUCAAGAUGUGACUGAAAAUGUAGGCUGUGAACCAGUUCACUGUAUCUGUUAGAAAUAGUUGGCAAUUUCAACUUUACAGAUCUGUAUUGCUGAUUGUUAUUAUUAUGUAUACCUGAAGAAAUAUCAGUCUUCUAAUAGUCAGGUUGCCAUUUGGCUAGGCUUGACUGGUGCGUAGGUUAUGUUAAAUAUGAAUGCAUCAAUCUUUCCCACA